AUGACAACUAGAAUAAUAGGGGGUUAUAGAGCACCACAGGAAUUCGGUAGAUUUCAUACAUCUCUUCAAAAUUUAACUGGGCAUCACGUCUGCGGCGGUGCGGUUGUUUCCCGAAGACAUGUAUUAACAGCUGCGCAUUGUGUAAACAGGGUAGAGCCGCAAUACAUUAAAGUUGUUGUUGGUACUACGGAUUUAGAUAAAGGAGGCAAAAAAUAUUCUGUGAAGCAUAUACAUAUUUAUAAAGGAUAUAAUUCAAAUCAAAAAACAAAUGACAUAGCUAUUAUAAACAUCAAAGGUUUAUUUAGUUCGAAUUAUGUUGACAUAUUGAAGCUCCCAAAAACCCAGUUACGAGAUGGAGACGAAGUCAUUAUUUCUGGUUUUGGGGCACAGGAGGCUCAUGGAAUUUCUAGUCGUCAUAUGUAUGCCUUAAAUUUAACAGUAUUUUGUCAAGAAACUUGCAGCUAUGCAAUGCGUUAUUCGAGAGAAGUAACUAAUACAAUGUUUUGCACUUUUACCAGGAUUGGACAAGGAACGUGCCACGGCGAUUCUGGUGGUCCAUUGAUACAAGGAAAUACCAUUGUUGGAUUAGUUUCUUGGGGCAUCCCAUGUGCAGUUGGAUUCCCUGAUGUCCAUACUAGAAUAUAUCCGUAUGUUCAUUGGAUUCGGGCAAAAAUUCAAAAAAAGAGAAGAGAAACCUUCAGUGCUAUACAAGUAAAAACAAAAAUUGAGUUAUCUGAAAGAAGUAAUUAG